AACUGUGAAUGUAUACACAUUUGAGGAUGAGUACUGUAUCUGAUAUUCCGAGGUCCCCUGAUCUUCCAUUAAUUAUGUAUACUCCGUAUUAGAUCCAAUGAAUGCAGGCUACAACAUUAGUCAUAUCACCGGACAGAUCAGCUCUGCCUGUGUGAAAAUCUGACUUUAACGCUUCAACUCAGCUCCAAAUUUUUUCUACUGGUCCAACUUAAAAUUACCCCUUUUCGGAAACUCAUAGCCCAGCCCCCGCUCCCAAUUUUCAUAUUUUCUCUUUCAUCGUGACCCUCGCCGCCGUCUCUGCCCAUUUCCGGUGGCCUGUCGCCCCCGCUGCCGUACUGGGACGCUUUGACCACCUAGCCAUCGUUGACUACCCCUGGCAGUAUACAGCUCAACCAGGGGAAAGAAACAAGGAGUGCCGUUUUAGGUUCAGAUAUAACUGACUCUGCCUGCAUAUACCUUUGGAGUCUCUUGCAAAGCUGUCAGCUACACUCUGCUGGUUGAUAGCUUCAGGAAGAUGUGCCUUUUUAUGGUGAACCAGCAUUUUUCUAUAUGGGUGUUGAAUCAUCUUGUUCUUUGGCAAUAAAUUACAAAUGAAAUAUAAUUAGGCUGGUCUGUGAGUAAGCAAAAUUGGAGGAUGCAAAGUGUUAGGACUAGAGAGAACCACAAGAAAUGUCUAUUAUAUUAGAGCGUCUCCGAUGGAUAAUUGCUGGUUUGAACAGACCUGCGCCGGUGACACCUAAGAGAUUGAAUAGUACUGAAGCCAGACCCACGUCUUUGCUAUCAUCAUCACAAAAGCAGCAGUCACAGCCAAUGAAGUCUAACUCCAAGUCUUUAUCAAACCAUAGAAAUUCACAAUCAAUGUUGGAUGCUGUGUAUGAGAUUGCUCUUUACAUUCAUCGAUUCCACAAUCUGGACUUAUUCCAGCAAGGAUGGUAUCAAAUUAAGAUUACAAUGAGAUGGGAGAAUGGUGAUUAUGAAUCUGUUGGAACUCCAUCAAGAGUAGUUCAAUAUGAAGCUCCUGAUACAGGUUCUGAUAACAUAUGUGGAGUGUGGAUGAUUGAUGACACAGACAACAGUUACUUCACACAACCUUUCCGGAUAAAAUAUGCAAGACAGGAUAUCCUUCUCUCAGUGUUGGUCUCAUUUAAUUUAUCUCUCUCCAAAUAUGAGGUCCUUCGAAUGAGCCAUUCUUCUGCCGUUAUUCUGAAAUUUGAGCUUUUGUAUGCACCUAUAUUGGAGAACGGGUGUAAUUUGCAGGCCUCAUUAGACACAUAUCCUGCAGCAGUCCAUGAAUUUCGACUUCCUCCCAAGGCUCUUUUGGGACUGCACUCUUACUGCCCAGUUCAUUUUGAUGCUUUCCAUGCUGUACUUGUUGAUGCAAGUGUACACAUAUGCUUAUUGAAACGUGGUGUCCAUACCCUCUCAUCGAAGGUUGCAAGUGGUUCCUGCAGUGAUGAUGCUUCCAGUGAAGACUUUGAUAAAGCAAAACAAGUUGUUCUUAUAAAAGGAUUUUUAACUGCUCGUGACAUAUUACUUGAAGAGCUAAGGAAAGUCAGUAAGGCUAUUAAUCAAGCAAUUGAUGUAAAUGAUUUUUCUUCUAAGCAUGAGGAUAAAGACUUGUUCACUUCCCGCCAAAGCACAUCUUCAAAAGAUAAUGCUGAAGUUUCAGGACAAAUGCCAAGCCAAAAGCAGAGUGUUUCACAGAAACGCAAUGGUAUAACUGAUUUUCGAAAUGAAGAAGUUCUUCAUUCUCUAUCCAAGGAUGAACUAGUGGGCUUAUUUCAUUCCUUUGGCAACCAAGUAUUUUACUUAUGGAGUAUAUUUCUAAAGUUUCACAGGGCUCACAGAACAUUAAUUCUUGAUUUUCUUCGAAAUCAAUGGGCUAUUGAUCGAAGAGCUGAGUGGUCAAUAUGGAUGGUUUAUUCUAAAGUUGAGAUGCCUUAUCAAUAUAUAAGUAGUGAGGUUGAUAGUUCUACCUUCCAUGGUACUGUUGGGAGAGCACCCAUCUUUCGGAAGCUCACUGAGGAUCCUACACAAACUGCAGCUAUGCGAGCUGAGCUUCACCGGCGGAGUAUUGCACAAAUGAGGAUAAAUAAUUGUUCAAUCCAAGAUAUGCAAAUUUUUGGAGAUCCAUCGCGCAUUCCAAUUGUGAUUGUAGAACAUGUUGUAAAUGCUCCAUUGCGCUCAACUAGUGGAAAUUCAUACUUGAGGCAUCUGGAGCAAAAAGAUGCAGAUAUCUUGCUUCCUAUGAUGAUGGAUUCCAAAGCUAUAAAGAAGUCAUCUGAUGAAUGCCCUCAGCAAAAUGGCCGUUCUCUAAAAAUUGUUGUCUUUGUCCAUGGAUUUCAGGGACAUCAUUUAGACUUGCGUCUUGUAAGGAAUCAAUGGCUUUUGAUAGAUCCUAAGAUAGAGUUUCUUAUGUCAGAGGCUAACGAAGAGAAAACUUCUGGCGACUUCAGAGAAAUGGGAUUAAGGCUCGCUCAAGAAGUAACGUCUUUCGUAAAAAAGAAGAUGGACAAGGCCACAAGAUAUGGAAAUUUAAAAAGCAUCAAGAUUAGCUUUGUAGGUCAUUCCAUUGGAAACAUCAUAUUAAGAACUGCAUUAACAGAGAGCAUCAUGGAACCUUAUCUCAGAUAUCUGCAUACCUAUGUUUCUAUUUCCGGGCCACAUCUUGGUUACUUGUACAGUUCAAAUUCUUUAUUUAAUUCUGGGCUAUGGCUUUUGAAGAAGCUCAAGGGCACACAGUGCAUUCAUCAGCUUACGUUUACAGAUGAUCCUGAUAUACAAAAUACAUUCUUGUACAAACUUUGCAAGCGGAAGACCUUGGAGAACUUCAGGAAUAUUAUUCUGUUAUCUUCACCACAGGAUGGUUACGUUCCAUAUCAUUCUGCUAGGAUUGAGAUGUGCCAAGCAUCUUCGGCAGACAGCUCAAAGAAGGGAAAAGUAUUUAUGGAGAUGCUCAACCAUUGCUUAGACCAGAUACGCUCUCCUUCACACGAUCAUCGGGUUUUCAUGCGAUGCGAUGUUAAUUUCGAUACGUCCUUGCAGGGGAGGAACUUGAACACCAUGAUAGGAAGGGCAGCUCACAUCGAGUUUCUGGAAUCAGACACUUUUGUGAAAUUCAUAAUGUGGUCAUUUCCAGAAGUAUUCCGUUGAUUAUUUGGGAGCUUUUCCAUUCCCUAAAUCUUCACAUCCAGAGCCUGCCUAUAGUGCACAUGAACAGUUCUGGAUGCCCAUUUUCAUCUCCAGCGCAUUUGGUGCUCUGAAUUAUUUGCCUCAAGUCACUCCAUAUUAACCUAAUAGCUAAUAUAAGGUUUUUACUCCUGAAGGGCAGUUUUACUCGCUGCAAACUGCACUUUGUAGCAAUGAACCACUUAAAAAAAUACUGGGUUUCAAACUUCUUCGUAUAGUUUAGAAUCAGAUAGGUAUAAUUCUCCAAAUCUUGUAUUAUUCCUAACAUUACAAACGCAGAAAAAAAUUUACUUUGAUUGUGAAAUAGUGCAGUCGUAGUGUUUUUUGCA